AUGACCCCAGACACGAAGAAUAAGAGGGUUCGAAGAAACAGGGUCGAGGCCAAAAUUGUUGAAACACCAAAGAAUCAACAACAGUCUGAUUCGGAUUUCGAUAUUCAUGGCGAGGAAGAAUCAAAUUCGAGUGAAGUGGGUGCGGAUGUUCCAAAGAAUGACGGCGACGUUGACACAGACCUCCCAAAAUUUGACCCCAAAAACCGUCAGACUCGCCUCGUUACCAAAACGGGCCAGAGAAAGUCGGCCCCGUCCUGUAAACGGUCAGGUCCGGGGCAUAGAUGUCAGCCCGCCCUGAUCCACCUUGACCCGACCUGCCCAAUCAAUAGUGUAGUCAAAAUGUCAAGUGAAGUCGAAAUGUCACAGCCAAUUCCGGUAGACAUUCUGUCCGACUCCGAUUCCGACGGCGAUCGGCGGCAGGGUUUCGUUAACGAUGCCAUAGACCUAACUACUCCGCCGCCCUACCCCCAAUCGAAGAAGAAACAAAGGAUAGAAACAUUUUCAAACCCUAGCAAUUCAAACGUCCUCUUCAUCGACGACGACCCCACGCCAUGUAAGAAAAACCCGUCUUCCUCAGCCCCUGCGUCCUCAACUCCUUCAUUCGUCGCUGAGACGCCGUUCUCUGAUGCCUCAAUCGUCAAAUGUUCCACCAGAAAAUUUUCAAUUUCCGUUGAAGAUUUUGCUACUGAGCAACUUGUAGUUGCUGACACUCCAAUGUCUGAGGUUUUGAAGUCUAAAGUCUUGCUGACUAAACGUGACGUAGGAGUCCCUGAUAGUGACAAUGCAUUUGUGAUGUCAAAGCCUAAAUCUGCUAAAGCCAGUGGACUCAUAGCCCUGGAGUCAGAUAAUGAGUCUGAAAGUCUUGGUGGAAUUGGUGCUUCGAAACUGGAUGAAAGUGGGUUUGCUUUUAAAUCGACAGAUGAGCUGGAAUUUGACUCUAGAAAUGCAGAGUCCUCAUUUUCUCUUGAUGAUUUUUCAGGCACUUCAGUGCAAUUCCAGAAGAAACACUUGCAGACUCCAGUUACAGUGCACAUAUUAGAUGGGUGUUCAAGUCCAGGUGUCAUGGAAGAUGGCAUAUUUGUGGCAUGUGAUGACGCUGAUUACAAUGCUUGUAAAAUAGACUCCCCAGAUCAAAUCUCGAGUCAACAAAACAACACUGUGUGCUACGUGAAAGGGAAAAAGAAAGCAGAUGUAAUAGUUAAGCCAAAGAGAACAUCAAAGGAGGAGAGACUUCGUCUGAUGGAAGAAAAGAAAAGGCUCAAAGAACAAGAGAAAGUGGCCAAAGCUGCUUCGAAGGCUCAAGCUGCUGAAUUGAAAAAAUGCAAGAAGGAAAUGCAGAAAUGGGAAAAAGGAAAAUAUGCUCUAAAAUCCAUUGUAGCUGAAAUUGACAAAAAUGUGGUUGAACUUGGAACGAUUGGAGGAUAUCUGCUCACAAGGUUUGGAGAAAAAGGCAUUUCAUAUCGUAUAACUUCCAAUCCGGUGAAAAGAACGAUUAUCUGGAAUAUGAAUGUUCCUGAAGAAAUUGCUAUGAUUGCAUCUGAGCGAAUUGAAAUCUCUUAUGUUUUGAUUGUAUAUGAGGCUGAAGAGUUCUGCAACCUUGUAAUGAAAGAAUCUCUUGCGGAUCAUAUUCAGAGUGUUCGAGAUCGAUAUCCUCACCAUACUAUAUGUUACUUAACCAAUAGGCUUAUGGCUUACAUAAAUAAAAGUGAUCACGCAAAGUACAAGAACCUUGACAACCACAGUAGUUGGAAGCUCCCAGCUAUAGAGAAGGUUUUAGCUGAAUUAGCCACACAUUAUUUUGGAGUGCAUUCAAGGCAGUGUGUUGAUGAAGCUGAGUUAGCAGAGCAUGUAGUUGGUUUGACUUGCAGCCUUGCCUCCUGCCAGUUUAGGAAAAAGUUGACACGCUUAUCAGUUAAUGCAAAUGGAUCCAUUAUCCCUAAAGACUGCGCUGAGAAGAAUUUACUAAAGAAGAACUUGUGGCUGAAGGCACUGGUAGCUAUCCCUAAGGUGCAGCCGAGGUUUGCGAUCGCUAUUUGGAAGAAAUACCCAACAAUGAGAUCUCUUCUGAGGGUUUACAUGGAUCCUACUAAAUCUGUAUACGAGAAAGAAUUUCUGCUCAAGGAUCUGACGAUAGAAGGCUUAUUUGGCGAUGAUAGACGAUUGGGUGAGACGAUGUUGAGAAUGGUGCCGGUUUCUUUAGCAAUCACUCAGCUUAGUUUUAAUGGGCCGGUGGACGACCCGGUGGUGAGGAGGAGUAAGAGGGUAGCUGGCUAUAAUAUGUAUGGUAUGGAAGCAAAGCUCAAAUUCUCAUUGAGCAGCAGUUUUAAUGGAUCAAGAGCAGGUUUUCAUACAACUAUCCUCAUACUUGAGAAAGGUUUGUGCCACAAGCGUAUAUUUAUCUAG